GAAAAGUCAGGGAUGCAGGAGCCACUCUGAGGGGGGAAGGACAGGACAGCAGAUAGGAUGGGCCUACAAAUUUACAGCAAGAUAUUAACAGCAAGAUAUUAUAAUGAAUGUUAAUUGAAGUCAAGUCAUGGGUGGUCUGUCUUUUACUUCUUCAUUUUCAACUUGAUACCAGAUGUUUAAACUGGGAUUAAAGAAAGUCUCAGUAAAUGUACACAAUCAUGAACCGCUACAGCGUGUCUCGACCGAUCUACUCCAAACGAGCCUUUGAGGAGGAUAACGAAAGGCAAACACCAGAGAGCAGGAGCUUCAGGGAGAAGAUCAGCAUUUUCUUAACAUGCUCUAGUAGCCGAGCCAAACAGGUUCUUAAAGGGCUUUUUCCAAUCUUGGACUGGCUGCUCCAGUAUCCAGUAAAGCUGUGGCUUCCCAGUGAUGUCAUAUCUGGAGUUAGCACAGGACUGGCUUGCUGUUUACAAGGCUUGGCAUAUGCACUGUUGGUCUACGUUGGUCCAGUAUAUGGACUCUAUGCUGCUUUCUUUCCUGUUUUGCCCUACUUUUUCCUUGGCACCUCGAGACACCUAUCUGUUGGUCCAUUUCCAGUUACCUGUCUGAUGGUAGGGUCAGAAGUUUUGGCUCUAGCACCCGAUGAGGAAUUCAUGCUACCUGGAAAUGGCACAUCUGUGAAUGAGACUGGGCUGGUAUCAGUGGCAAUGGAGGUGGAUGUUAAUGCAAGGGAUAGCCAAAGAGUUACAAUAGCUUCCACUAUGACUGUUUUAAUUGGACUGUUUCAGUUGGGAAUGGGGAUCCUCCAUGUGGGCUUUCUGGUGCGCUACUUGUCUGAUCCACUGGUGGGAGGCUUCACUACAGCAGCUGCUUUCCAUGUGCUCAUCUCUCAGCUAUCAUUGGUCCUUUCUGUCCCCACCAAAAGUCACAGCGGCUUCUUGUCUUUUGCCUAUAUUCUCAAUGAUGUGUUUCAAAAUAUUUGGCAAACCAACGUGGCUGACCUGGUUGCUGGCUUACUGACUAUAUUGAUAGUGAUGGCGGUGAAAGAGGUCAACGCCAAAUUUGAACAUAAGAUUCCAGUUCCAAUCCCCAUUGAAGUGAUUGUGACAGUGAUUGCUACAGGGAUCUCCUAUGCAGUGGAUCUACGUUCCCACUACGGCGCCAGCAUUGUUCACAGCAUCCCGAGGGGGUUUGUUCCAGUCCAGCGUCCAAAGAUAGAGUUGUUUGGGCGAAUCAUACGUUCCAGUUUUUCCACGGCAGUGGUGGGAUAUGCUAUAGCUGUGUCUGUGGCUAAACUCUAUGAAACAAAGCAUGACUACAAAAUCGAUGGUAAUCAGGAGCUGAUAGCCUUUGGCAUCAGCAACAUAUUCUGCGGCUGUUUCUCAGGCUUCGUGGCCACAACUGCACUCUCCCGCACAGCCAUACAGGAGAGCACAGGAGGGAAGACUCAGAUGGCAGGGUUAAUAUCAGCUCUGAUUGUGCUGAUAGUGAUUGUGGCACUUGGUCCUUUACUUCAGCCUCUACAGAAGUCAGUUCUGGCCGGCAUUGUCAUUGCCAACCUGAAAGGCAUGUUUAUGCAAAUCAGUGACGUACCCAUUCUUUGGAAGCAGAGCAGGACAGACUGUUUCAUUUGGGUGUUUACAUGCAUUUCCUGCAUCAUCCUGGGGCUGGAUGUGGGGUUGCUGACCGGUGUGGUGUUUGAGCUGGGAACCGUGGUGGUCAGAUCACAGUUUCCAUCAUGUUCGACACUUGGAAAUGUACCUGGCACUGAAAUCUACAGAAGUAUCAAAAAUUACAAAAAUAUUGUGGAGAUUACUGGAAUAAAGAUUUUUAAAUGCAACUCACCCAUAUAUUUUGCCAACAUGGAUUAUGUUAAAGAGCAGUUAAGAGAUGCUGUGGGAUUUGAUGCCAUUCGGGUGUUUAAGAAAAGGAACAAAGCACUAAAGAAGAUCCACAAACUUGUCAAAAAGGGAAAGCUGAAAUUCACUGAGAACGGGUUGGUGCCAGUGGCCCACAUGGGUGUAGACAAUGAUGCCUUUGAUAGAGAACGUGACCCAGAGCAAACAGAGAGCGGACCUUCAGAGGAAAUGGAGGGUGGGCCUCGACGAGACAUUGAAGUAGAGGUGCAGGUGGACUGGACUUCAGCGCUGCCCGUCGAUGUGACAGUCCCUAAAGUCGACAUCCACAGCUUGGUGAUGGAUUUCUCAGCUGUCUCUUUCCUAGAUGUGAAGUCUGCAGCAUCUCUCAGACUGGUCGUAAAGGAAUUUAUGCGCAUUGGAGUCAGGGUCUAUAUUGCAGGCUGUGAUGAUGAAACUGUGAGGAGGAUGGAGGCCCUGUGUUUCUUUGACGACAUGGUGACCAAAGAUAUGCUCUUCCUCACUGUCCAUGAUGCUGUUCUCUCCAUCAAGCUGGAAGUUUCCAAUGGGAAUGUGUCUGACCCCAUGGUAGAUAAGAUUUCACAGAUGCAGAUUGACAAAGAGCCACUUCCUUUCAGUGAUGAUGAAGAUCAGAUAGAGACUUAUGAAAGCCAACACAUGGCUAUUCGUGGACUCUGAACCUGAGCCUCGUCUAAUUGUUUUGUUUAUUUGGACUCACUGGUACGGCAGAUGCAGUGUUCCUACUGACUGGAUGGAUUUUUCUAUGUUAGUUAAGAUACAAAACCAAUAAACGUGUUCUGUUCAUAUACUAACCACACCGCACUAGUUUAACACAGGCACUGUUACUAUUUUCUCACUUAUUUUUUCACUCAUGCUGUAUAAGCUUGUUUGAACUGCUAUGGGAGAACAAGAAGAACUGAAAACACAAGGCAUGUUCAUCUGUUGAAGAGGCAGAGGAUUUAUGUAUAAAUAAACACUUUGUUUCCUUCCCUAUUAUGCCCUGUCAUACCCUCCACCCAGAGCAGAGAGAGGGGCUGAGGACACUGAGGACCUUAAAUGAACCCAGAGAGAAGUAACCAGGGCAUUUUUGUGUUGUAGAUUCCUGCUCUGCGUUCAUACAGUUGUGCACAUAUGUGUUGUCCACAACCCAGCGCUGAUGAUUUUGAUUUGUUGUAAUAAUAUCUGUAAUAAUGCGAGUAUAUGAAUGUGAGAAUGGAAAACUCUUGUGAGAAUAUAUGAAUAUAUGAAUGUGAUUUUUUUUUUGCACUUGCGUUGUAAUUUUAUGACAGUAUUGCACUCUCAGAAUACAUGUGGUCGGAUUUGGUAAUAAAAAAGAGCUGAAGUACA